UGUGGUGAUAAAAUGAGCAGUCAGUAUAACCAUAAAAGCGCCCAUGUAAGCAAUCUAUUCACCAAAGCCGAGAUACUAACUGCUCCAGUUGAACCUUGCAUCAAAAAGCCUGAACUAUCCCUUUAAGAUGCUUUCACAAUGCAGGCCACAUUUUUGGUCUGUGUUAGUUUGUGCAAUAACAAAGGCAGAUAUGCCUGAUCGCUUGUUAAUGAAUCAAUACUUUCUCAGGUAUUGACAGCAGCCAUGUUUUUUUGGUCUAAGGCGAUUUAAUGGUUGUCUGCUUUAGCAAAACCGUCGGAUUGGUUAGCUGACACAGCGCGUGUCUUCGUAAAUUCACAGUAGAAGUUAAAAAAAAGAAAGAAAGAAUGGAAUAAGGUCGCGCAGCUCUCACAAGCAUGAGUUCAUAAUGAAGCGCCGUCUGGAGGAUCAGGACGCGGUUCUUGCAGCGCAGCAGCGGAGGCUCGCCAGCAACCCGGAGCCUUUCCAGCAUCGUAUCCUGGCCCCUGCCCCUGCUGCUCCGGCUGUGUAUGAAGCCGUGACCGACAACAUGCAGGCCACCGCUGGCGUCCAGUACUCCGUCCCCCAGGGAUACCAGCUUAAGCUCAACAAGGUUGGACGGAGAGCAUGUGUCCCCACCGUGGCCCAGAACAGCGGUGGGCACGGGCACGUCCCGAGUCCGGCGGUCCACACCGGACCCCACCAUCACAGUCCCGCCGUUCCGCCCCACGGGCCCGCAGUGAUGGCGGGGCACGGCCACGCAGCGGCCCCCCCAUCCGCUGCACAGGGUCACCAGCAAUUCCAGAGGCUUAAGGUGGAAGAUGCUUUGUCGUACCUGGAUCAGGUGAAACUGCAGUUUGGGAACCAGCCUCAGGUCUACAACGACUUUUUAGAUAUAAUGAAGGAGUUCAAGUCCCAAAGCAUCGACACUCCGGGGGUCAUAAGCAGGGUGUCGCAGCUCUUCAAGGGCCACCCGGACCUCAUCAUGGGCUUCAACACCUUCCUGCCCCCGGGCUACAAGAUCGAGGUCCAGACCAACGACCUGGUGAACGUGACGACGCCGGGUCAGAUCCACCACAUAACCCCGCACGGCAUCUCGGUCCAGAACAUCCCCAUAACGGGAGCGGCCACCCAGCAUCCGCCCCAGCUCCCGUCCGCAGCUGCCACCACCGCGCCGCCUCUUCUGACCCAGCCGACCCCCGCUAAGAUGAGCAAGCCUCCUCAGGCGCAGCCGCUGACACCGAGCAGCCAGCCCAAUCCGUCCAUCCCCGCGCACACCUCCCCCCGCUCUCCGCCCAUGCAGCUCCACCCGCCCCUCGGCGGAACCCCCGCUGGCCCGCCCUUGCAGAACAACCAGCCCGUGGAGUUCAAUCACGCCAUCAACUACGUCAACAAGAUCAAGAACCGCUUCCAGGGCCAGCCGGACAUCUACAAAGCCUUCCUGGAGAUUCUCCACACAUAUCAGAAGGAGCAGCGUAACGCUAAAGAGGCCGGAGGGAACUAUACGCCGGCUCUGACGGAGCAGGAGGUCUACGCUCAGGUGGCCAGGCUCUUCAAGAACCAGGAGGAUCUGCUCUCCGAGUUUGGACAGUUUCUCCCUGAUGCCAACAGCUCGGCGAUGCUAAGUAAGACCAACGCAGAGAAGGCAGAGUCCGUAAAGAACGACCACGGCGUCACCCCCAAAAAGCCGCUGCUCAACAACAAGCAGAGACCCAAUCAGAACGGUUGUCAAAUCCGCCGCCACCCGACUCCAGGGGCCACGCCGCCCGUCAAGAAGAAGCCCAAGUUGCUGAAUCUGAAGGAUUCUCCAGUGCCAGAUCCCAGCAAGCACGGAGUGGGCACAGAGUCUCUGUUCUUUGAAAAGGUGCGCAAAGCCCUGCGGAGCACCGAGGCUUACGACAGCUUCCUGCGCUGUCUGGUCAUCUUUAACCAGGAGGUGAUCUCCAGGGCGGAGCUGGUGCAGCUGGUGCUGCCCUUUCUGGGAAAAUUUCCUGAGCUGUUCAACUGGUUCAAAAACUUCCUGGGCUACCGCGAAAUGUCCCACAUUGAGACGUACCCCAAAGAACGGGCCACCGAGGGCAUCGCCAUGGAGAUUGAUUAUGCUUCCUGUAAGAGGCUGGGUUCCAGCUACCGGGCUCUGCCCAAAAGCUACCAGCAGCCCAAGUGCACCGGCAGAACUCCGCUUUGUAAAGAGGUCCUGAACGACACCUGGGUGUCCUUUCCCUCGUGGUCCGAGGACUCCACCUUCGUCAGCUCCAAGAAGACCCAGUACGAGGAGCACAUCUACAGGUGUGAGGACGAGCGCUUUGAGCUGGACGUGGUCAUUGAGACCAACCUGGCCACCAUCAGAGUGCUGGAGACGGUGCAGCGGAAGCUGUCCCGCAUGUCCGCGGAGGAGCAGGCCAAGUUCCGCCUGGACAACACGCUGGGUGGUUCCUCGGAGGUCAUACACCGCAAGGCCAUCCAGAGGAUAUACGGAGACAAAGCUCCGGACAUCCUGGACGGGCUGAAGAAGAACCCGGCUGUUUCUGUUCCCAUCGUGUUGAAAAGGUUAAAGACGAAGGAGGAGGAGUGGCGGGAAGCCCAGCGGGGCUUCAACAAGAUCUGGAGGGAGCAGAAUGAGAAGUAUUACCUCAAAUCUCUGGACCAUCAAGGAAUCAACUUCAAACAGAACGACACCAAAGUGCUUCGAUCCAAGUCUUUGCUGAAUGAAAUCGAAAGCAUCUACGACGAGCGACAGGAGCAGGCGUCGGAGGAGAACGCCACGGCGCCCAUGGGCCCCCACCUGACGCUAGCGUACGAAGACAGCCAGAUCCUGGAGGACGCAGCGGCGCUCAUCAUCCACCACGUGAAGCGGCAGACGAGCAUUCAGAAGGAGGACAAGUACAAGAUCAAGCAGAUCAUCUACCACUUCAUCCCCGACAUGCUGUUCGCACAGCGCGGCGAGCUGUCGGACCUGGAGGAGGAGGAGGAGGAAGAGGACGCGGAGCUGGAGGAGGGCGCCGCCAAGAAGCACAACGGCGUCUCGGGCAGCGGGAGCCCCUCCAAGUCCAAGCUGCUGUUCGGGAACACGACGGCGCAGAAGCUGCGGUCCUGCGACGACGCCUACAACCUCUUCUUCGUCAACAACAACUGGUACAUCUUCCUGCGGCUGCACCAGACGCUGUGCUCGCGGCUGCUGCGGCUGUACGAGCAGGCGGAGCGGCAGAUCGCCGAGGACGUCAGGGAGCGGGACUGGGAGAAGGAGGUCCUCGGACUCAAGAAGGAGAAGAACGACAAUCCGGCCGUCCAGCUCAGACUCAAGGAGCCCAUGGACAUCGAAGUGGAGGAUUACUAUUCAGCCUUCCUGGAGAUGGUUCGGAAUCUGCUUGACGGGAACAUGGAGGCCCCUCAGUACGAGGACUCUCUGAGGGAAAUGUUCACCAUCCAUGCUUACAUCGCCUUCACCAUGGACAAGCUCAUCCAGAGCAUAGUCCGGCAGCUGCAGCACAUAGUGAGCGACGAGAUCUGCGUCCAGGUGACAGACUUCUACCUGGCAGAGAGCGGGAACGGGGCCACCGGCGGGGCCGUGUCGGCACAGCCUUCAAGGAGCUCGGCCGAGGUGAUCUACCAGCGAAAAGCCGAGCAGCUCAUGUCUGACGAGAACUGCUUCAAGGUGAUGUUUUUGAAAAACAGAGGGCAAGUGCAGCUCACAGUGGAGCUGCUCGACACGGAGGAGGAGAACUCUGACGAGCCCAUGGAGGCCGAGCGCUGGUCCGAUUACGUCGGCCGCUACCUGAACCCCGACUCCACCACUCCUGAGCUGAGGGAGCACCUCGCCCAGAAGCCUGUGUUUCUUCCAAGGAACCUGAGGCGGAUCAGGAAGUACCAGAAGGGCCGGGAGCAGCUGGACAAGGAGGCGGGCGAGGGGGGAAAGAAAUGCCUGGAAAAAGAGAAGAUGGAGUGCAUGUUCAAGCUAAACUCCUACAAAAUGGUCUACGUCUUUAAGUCUGAGGACUACAUGUAUCGACGCACCGCCCUGAUGAGGGCUCACCAGUCACACGAGCGGGUGAGCACGAGGCUGCACAAGCGCUUCCAGGCCUGGGUGGACGCCUGGGUCAAAGAGCACGUCACCCGCGACAUGAUCGCCGAGACGGCCAAAUGGCUGAUGGGCGAGGGGCGCGACGGCCUGCUGCCCUGCACCACCGCGCGCCACCCGGAGGUCCUCCACUUCAUGAACAUCAACAAGUACCGCGUGAAAUACGGCCCGCCGAGCAAGGCGCCGUAGCCGACCGGAGCCGUGCAGAGGGGGUGAAAAAAGGAGACAGGUGGACUCCUGGGGGGGCGGGGGGAUUAGGGCUUAAUAUUCUGACUUUUUUAAGGCCAGCAUGGGAGCGACGGUGCUAGUCGCUCCCUUGUGUGUUGCAUCCAGGGCGGCAGGGUGACAGGUUUUGUUUGUUUGUUUUACCAGCGUUUUUAGCUGGGCCCACUUUUUUCACAGGGCCUCUGGUGCCAAAACUUAGGAGUUCUCACGUUCCAGUCGCAAAGCUGAGCUCUUACCAGCACUUAGAGCCAACGGCACAAACUUCCUCGAGCCGGUCGGAGGGGCGGGCGGCGCGGACAGCGAUGCUCGCUGGACUUUUUAUCGCUUUAGCUAGCUCCAACGCUCCCCCUCCGUCAGAGGCCAUCAGAGCUCCCGUCUUCCUGCCGAGCUGUUAUUUCUGGGAAACAAUGUGAUGGACAAGUGCACUUAUUCAGGAAGAGGGGGUUUUGGGUGGAAGGGAGCUCAGUCACGCCGGCGAGGCCCGGUUCCGACAUUCCUGCGUCCACAGCCGAGUCCCGGGCCGUGCAGCGUCACCAGGCGGAAAAGAGGGGUCGCGCUUCUUUUUCCCAAAACACACGGCAGCAUCGUUAAAGAACCGGCGCCUGAGCCCUGAGCGGUGCUGUCGGGGUUACUGUAGGAAAGCACUGUUGCGUUUAAUGGAAAGAAGAAGAGAAAGAUGUAAGGAGAGAGAGAGGGGGGGAGAAAAAAAAAGUAGACACACAACACUGUUUGGUCUCAGACUGUAAAAUUGUAUAGCUUGUUGAAUGUCAGAUCCUGACAUGUAUUCCGGUGUAUACGUGUUGUGUAUAUAUAUUAUAUAUAGUUCUAUUAACACACAGGAUCCUCGCCGCCCUGGAAGUCAACCUUUUUAAAGACGCCCUCUGCCAGUACACCAGCUCACUCACUAAACACGCGCGCGCGCACACUCGACUCAUUCUGGGAGGACUGUCCUCGUCCCGCUCACGUUGUAAAUACGCUGUAAAUAGUCUGAGACUUUUUAUGACAGAUCCGUGUUGUUGUGCUAGUCUUUCCGAGCUUAUUGUGGACUUUAGUGAUUAACGGCUAAAGUUAGGAUGUAUAUGAAAUCCAAAUGCAAGCCCAUUUAUUACCAUUUUUACCAAAGGGAGUUGAUAAUUAAACACUUGUUUUUUGUUUUUUUUUGUUUUUUUUUUUGCCCCCUUUGUGUUUUUCCUUAAUGUCUUUGCUUUUUACUUUCUGUCGUAGGAACAUUUGGAGGGGAGAAGGAAGUAGAAAGGUAUCCAGGUCUUUCCGUUUUGCUUUUUUUUUUUUUUUUUUUUUUUAUUGCUUCUGUUGACUGUGACAAUUGAUUUCAAUUGAUUGGUCAAAAAUCACUGCCUCCUCUUGACAGCGCCGUCCAAGGUAAUAGUAAAAGUUAUUUCAAAGCUCAGAAGAACUGACCCAUCGGCACGCUUCCUUCUCCCUGGGUAGUUUUCUGCAACCCACACCAUAUUUUUGAUAAUGUAAGAAGUCACACGCGCAUGUCUUUAGUCCCUUUAUUUAGACCUUAUUUAAAGUAAUAAUAAAAAAUGAAAUUUGUAGCCUA